AUGUGGCUUGGGUGGCGCAGGGCUGGGCUGGGGCGACUUCUGAGGGGCUUCGCUGGUGUCGAGCCCCUAGAGCUGCAGAGGCCUCUGCGGUCGCCUCCCCGCACGCCCUUCGCACCUCCCCCGCCCCCGGGUGCGUCCGGGCUCCCCCUCGGACAGAUGUCGCGCGCUUGCGUGCUGAGGCCAAAGCUCCCGACCCAGAGGCCGGCCCCAGAAAGCCCGCAGCGAUUCGGGGGUGGAGAUGUAGAAGAGGUGACGCCGCGGCCCGGCCGGUGCCAGACCAGCCGACGCGGUACCGCGGUUGCUGCCGGGUCCCGGGCGCUGCAGCUACGGCAGGCGGCCCUCCCGAGACGGCGGCCGCGGAGACACCCAGCCCUAAACCCCAGCUCCCGAGCCCCGCGGCGCCCCGCGCUCUAGGGCAGCGGGAGAGGGAAGCGGCGGAGCGGCUCCAGGCUGGGGGCCCGCGGGCGCGGCCGCGCGCUGCCGGGCGGGAGGCUGGGGGGCCGGGGCCGUGGCCGUGCCCCGGACCGGGUCGGGGGCCGGGGCCGGGGGUCGGCGGCUCCCCGCGCGGCUCCAGGGGCGCGGGCACCCCGGCAGAGCGCCGGCGGGGCCAUGGCAGCCGGGAGCAUCACCACGCUGCCCGCCCAGCCGGAGGACGGCGGUAGCGGCGCCUUCCCGCCCGGCCACUUCAAGGACCCCAAGCGGCUGUACUGCAAAAACGGGGGCUUCUUCCUGCGCAUCCAGCCGGAUGGCAGAGUGGACGGGGUCCGGGAGAAGAGCGAUCCUCACAUCAAACUGCAACUUCAAGCAGAAGAGAGAGGGGUUGUGUCCAUCAAAGGAGUAUGUGCAAAUCGCUAUCUUGCCAUGAAGGAAGAUGGAAGAUUACUGGCUUCUAAAUGUGUUACUGACGAGUGUUUCUUCUUUGAGCGAUUGGAGUCUAAUAACUACAAUACUUACCGGUCAAGGAAAUACUCCAGUUGGUAUGUGGCACUGAAACGAACAGGGCAGUAUAAACUUGGACCCAAAACAGGACCUGGGCAGAAAGCUAUACUUUUUCUUCCAAUGUCUGCUAAGAGCUGAUCUUAACGGCAGCAUCUGAUCUCAUGUCACAUGGAAGAAGACAUAUGUUUUUGAAAUUUGUUAAUGAAAGAAAAGAAAAAAAAAUGUGUACAGCUAUCUGCUCAGUUUGGAUGAAUGGUCAGAUAACCUUUUUAUCUAAGAGUAAACAUUUAACCAUUGCCUUACUAAAGAAAAGCAACAAAAAUUUCCGGAA